AGCCCCACUGAUUUGAGAGGUUAGAAGCUCGACCCGAUCUCAGGACGCAUCUCCCAGAAACGACUUCCUGUUUGGAGGCCAGCGCGGAAAGCAAACUCGGCCAAAGGCGAGUCACUAUUUUGGUCUGCCGGAAGACGAGAAAGCAAAUGAAAAAGAUCCAGACCUCGCAAGAAGCGGAAGCAGCCCUGCUUCGUCUCCCCGGCGGCUGCUGCUCGGUCAGCUGACCGGAGUCCCGUGAAGACGAGGCGCAGAAAGGAAAGGAGGAGCUGAGCCAAGGGGCUGCUGCUGCUGCUGCUGCUGCCUGAUGUCUCCGCCGGCGCGCUCCUCCAUCCUUCGCUCCCCAGCUGCUCCUCUAGGGCUCCUGCUGCUCCUGCUCUGCUUGCAGCUUCCCUCUCCCGGAGAUGCUGCUCGCUACGACCCCACGUGGGAGUCGCUGGACUCCCGGCCGCUCCCCGCCUGGUUUGACGAAGUCAAGUUCGGGAUUUUUAUCCACUGGGGCGUCUUCUCGGUGCCAAGCUUCGGCAGCGAGUGGUUUUGGUGGUAUUGGCAGAAAGAAAAGAGAGUUCCCUAUGUAAACUUUAUGAAGAGCAACUAUCCUCCUGGUUUCAGUUACGAAGAUUUUGGCCCUUUGUUUACAGCAGAGUUUUUUGAUGCUGACCAGUGGGCAGACAUUUUGAAAGCGUCAGGUGCCAAAUAUGUUGUCUUGACUUCAAAGCACCAUGAAGGUUUUACAUUGUGGGGAUCUAAAUAUUCUUGGAAUUGGAAUGCUGUUGAAGUUGGACCCAAACGGGACAUUGUGGCUGAAUUAGCAUCAUCCAUUAGAAACAGAACCGUCUUACACUUUGGACUCUAUCACUCGCUCUUUGAAUGGUUCAAUCCUCUUUUCCUUGAUGAUGCCUCUAGUGGGUUCCUAAAAAACCAGUUCCCAAGUGCCAAGUCACUCCCAGAGCUGUAUGAGAUUGUGAACAAGUACCACCCAGAGAUUCUGUGGUCAGAUGGAGAUGGGCAUGCCCCAGACACUUAUUGGAACAGCACUGGCUUCCUAGCUUGGCUUUAUAAUGACAGCCCUGUUCGGGACAUGGUUGUAACAAAUGAUCGCUGGGGAGCUGACUGCAUUUGUAAACAUGGAGGCUAUUACACAUGUGCCGAUCGUUACAACCCAGGACACCUUUUGCCCCAUAAGUGGGAAAACUGUAUGACGAUAGACAAAAAUUCCUGGGGAUAUCGGAGGAAUGCACAGUUGAGUGACUACCUAACAAUUGAAGAGCUUGUAAAGCAACUUGUAGAAACAGUGUCAUGUGGAGGAAAUCUCUUGUUGAACAUCGGGCCCACCCACGAUGGCCGCAUUCCUGUUAUUCUUGAGGAGCGCUUGAAGCAAAUGGGGUCGUGGCUGGCCCUCAACGGGGAAGCCAUUUUCAGCACUAAACCUUGGAGAGCCCAGAAUGACAGUGCCACACCAGGAGUAUGGUAUACAUUCAAGCCAAAAGAAGACAUUCUGUAUGCUAUUUUCCUUAACUGGCCAUCUUCAGGAACUCUGAUGCUUGGGGAACCAAAAGGCAUUACCGGAAAGACAGAGGUUAAGCUGAUUGGAUAUGAAGAACCAUUGCCAUGGGUUUCCAUGGGGGAGAAGGGAAUGAUGGUAGUCGCACCUCAAUUGCCAUUCACUAUAUUUCCGUAUCAGUGGGGCUGGACUCUGCAGCUGACUAACGUCUAUUAGCAACAGACAUCCUUCACUUUUGGUUAUUAUGACUGAUUCUUUUGUUAUUAUUAUUAAUAUUUUGGUGAACAAUCAGAGCUCACUCACCAUGACUUACUUCUGAGGUGACAGGGGAUAUAUAUCUGAAACAGAAAUAAUCUAUAGGAAGAUUCAUGCACUGAUCUUGUUCCACCUUCAGUUUUCGAAAAGAGGACCUAUGAAAUUAGGCAGAAUCUACCACAACUAGGCAGGAAGUGCAAGUAAACUGCAGAGUGAAGCGAUGAACUAUUUUGAGUCCCAGGGACACAUUUCCUUUGGGGUAACCUAGGGACCAAAUGCCAGUGCAGAGCUGAGCCAGAGGCAAGUGAGCAGAGCAAUUAAAGUGAAUUUUACGUUGUACAGUAAGCUAGUUUUUUCACUUACACCCCACUCUCUAUCCUGCAGCCACACAAGCAAGAGGGAUUACUAGAGUUUAAGGACAUAGACCAGUCAGGCAAAACCGCUCAAGAUUUUGGGCCUUGGGAAGAGUCAUCUUAUGAGGCUCACAAAAGACAGACUAAACAGAAAAGUUAUUAUGUGUCUUAAAAAGAAAAGUAUUUUGGCUUUAAAAAGCAACCAAGGGCGGCGGGGGAAGUCCGCCAUGCCUAAUGUUAGAAUUGGUGCUCAAAUAACUAUGGACAAAAAGGGUUGAGGCAUUCUAAAACUGAAAUGUUGUACACUGCAUUUGACUGUAAAUCAAGUAUGACAAACAAUACAAUCCUACCAUUGUCUAUGCAACAGUCCUACUAUGUUCAAUGGAAUAUGCUCAAGUUAAGUGUUUAGGAUUGUUUUCAGUAGGGAUAAGUGGCAAGUAGCUGUGAAUUUCAACUUCUUCCAUUGGUUUCAGUAAUAUUUGAUUCCAUUUUGCUGGAGUUGGGUGCUAGGAGUUUCCUCAGUCCUAUAACCUACCUCAAUAUUACCCCAUCACACUUUCCUUGAAUAUAAAAUUAUAUAUUAGGACUUGGGUCAUAGUUCUGAUUAGUGAGAAAUGGCCUACAAUUAUAUACUUCUUAAAUUUUGAUACAUGUAUGUUCAGUUACUUAAGUAUCAGACAGGUAAGAUUCUAAAGCUGUUGCCUCUUUGAGUAUCUUGCAGUUUGUGACUUGAAAAAAAGAAAAUUAUUGCUAAUUUAAAAAUUUGUGUAAUUGUAAUCUUCAUGAAACACUUUAAUAAAGCAGCUGAGGUUCUAUAAGGAGAAAUCAAUGUUGAAGUCCAGUUGCCUUGUUGAUUUACAACCAAACUCUUUUUUCUCUGUGUGAAUGUACUGUAUAUUUGCUUUCGUUAUGGGAUGGGCAAGUUCUAGCUGCUCGGUCCCACUCCUUUGCCUCAAAAGAAGCUUGGUGGGAACUGUUUCCUGCUACAAAACCAGAGAAGGAAAAGGACAAGGACAAGAAAUACAGCCUAAAUAAUCCUGGUUCUACUUGAAUGCAAUGUGAUUACUGUAUUUGACUGCAUUUUUUUUAAAAGAAACUUUUGUAAGCUGCUAGGGGACCUUCUUACAUAUAUAAAGUAGAAUCUAAUAGAAUAAAUUUGCUACAGAAGAAGUAGGUAUAGCUACA